AUGACAAUAGAGCCGGUAGCUAGUACCAGCUCAUUCUCGCAGCAAGUCGAGGAGGAUGAAGAGGUAUUUCCGAAAUACACGGUGAACGAUAAUAUUGUGCCAAUCCAUUCGAAAUUAGGUGGAUACGAUUUUUAUAGAUCGAUAGGAAGUCCGAAAUAUGUUGUGGCUCCUAUGGUCGAUCAGAGUGAAUUGGCAUGGCGAUUACUGUCGAAAGCACCUUUACCACCUGCCAUAGCAGGACCAUCUACAAGCAUAACCACUUCGACGGGCAGGAAACUGACCAGGUAUCCAGGCGGAACACACGUUUCUUAUACGCCCAUGAUCCAUGCUAAGGUAUUUAUAGAUGCCAAAGGAGAGGGAAAUAAAAGGGGGGACGGGCAAUUCAACUUGACUUACGAAGAAGAGGGAGGAGAGGGAACGAUAUCGGGUAUAGAAGGUGGUGAUAGACCUGUGAUCGCUCAAUUUUGUGCAAAUGAUCCGGAAGUCUUACUUGCUGCUGCCCAGAAAAUCGAACAUCGAGUAGAUGCGGUGGACAUCAAUUUUGGUUGCCCGCAGGGUAUAGCCAAAAGAGGGCAUUACGGUUCAUUCCUACAGGAUGAGUGGGAUCUAGUGUACAAAUUGAUCAAUACAUUACAUAUCAAUCUAAAAGUCCCGGUAACCGCCAAAUUCCGAAUCUUCCCCUCACUCACCAAAACACUCGCCUAUGCAAAGAUGAUGGAAUCGGCUGGAGCCCAAAUACUCACAUGUCAUGGUAGGACCAGGGAUAUGAAAGGGCAAUUCACAGGAUUGGCAGAUUGGCAAAUGAUCAAGAAAGUGAAAGAACACGUCAACGUCCCUGUGUUCGCUAAUGGGAAUAUACUAUAUUACGAAGACGUUGAGAGAUGUUUGGAAGUGACCGGAUGCGAUGGUGUUAUGUCUGCUGAGGGCAACUUGUCCAACCCUGCAAUAUGGCUUCCUCCUUCUCAUCCUCACUUUCACCCGUCAAUAACAAUGUUAGCGCAUCGGUAUUUAGAUAUAGUAGAAGAUUUACAAUCGCAUACAUCACGAUCAGCUAUCAAAUCGCACAUGUUCAGAUUAUUGAAACCUGUUUUGGACACCAAUGAGGAAUUGAGGGUCAAGAUCGCUCAAUGUCCUGUUGGUGAGGGGAUGGACAAGUUUAGAGAGCUGUUGAAGGAGAUUGAAAAGAUAUUGGAGCCGGCGAUACAAGAAUCAGGUCCAUCUUUCCAUCCUCCACCCAUAGAUCCAUCUACAGGAUAUCGAUCCCUACCCAUCUUCUGUGCCCAACCUCAAAUACGUGCCAAACCCGUCUCUACCGAAAUAGGUGGUACGGAAGAGUUCGUCACUCGACCCAGCUCACCUUCGGCGGAAUCUCCAGGUAACCCUGUAGCUCCUGCAUCCAGUAUACCAGGAACGAUAUUGCUCUCUCGAUCAGCAAGACAUGAUGUGAAGAAUACAGAUAGAUGUAUCAACGAAGAAUGUACGGGUGUAGCUGCGCUCAGAUGUCCUACGAGAGCAUGCAUCACACAUUGUAGGAUUGUUAAAGCCGUGGAGAGUGGGUAUACAGAGCAGGAAGCUACGAAGGAGGCUUUAUCUGGUGGAUUGGUAGGAAUGGGAUGCGAGGCUCACGAAGAGAAGGAAAGAGCUAGGAAGGAAAGGAUGGACAGGAAGAGAAAGAAUAAAUCAGAGGCGAAACAGAAGGCGAAGCAGAGGAAGAUUGAGAAUGAGCAGAAACCGAAGAAAGGAACGAAUGGAGGCGAAGCAAGAGGAGGAGAUUCGUAG